UUUAUCUGGCCCCAAGUCAAGGAGAAAAAUAGCUGAUUGAACAAACAACAUUCAUCACCUAAUACUCAACCUGCUUUCCCAACCCGUGCACCAUUAAGUCAUGUCUCUGUGUUAAUGAUUAACAGAGACCUGCGUGAUGGUGGAGCAAGUUGAUCGACGAGAGAUGAAGAUUUACCUGGUCGCUUAUUUAAAGCUGAUUUACAGUUGAGUUCAAGGCUUUCCUCACCUCAGCCGCUUUCAGACAAGGUCAGAUUUACUGUGGAUGCUGAUACAAAAUAUGCAUGGUGGGAUGAUGAUGCACGGCACUCCGUUCUCCUCACAGCCCAAACCUCCGCAGGAGGAGGACAGGGAGUCGGGCAUUGGCUCCAACCUCGACCUCCGAAGCUUUGAGGGCCAAAACCUCCCGAGCCAACCUGCAUUCAGGGAGACGGAGCGACGUCCCAAACAGGAAGUAAGCUGUCUGCGGAGCACAGAAGUGAGUCAGAGCAGUAAGACCAGGCAGCUCCUUAUCAGUCUAUCCAAGAUCCCUCUCCUCCUCGUCCUCUUCUUCCUCUUUGUUUGCUCCUUGGACACGCUGAGCUCUGCCUUCCAGCUGGCAGGGGGUAAAGUGGCAGGGGACAUUUUCCAGGACAAUGCAGUGCUGUCCAACCCUGUGGCGGGGCUGGUGGUGGGGAUUUUGGUUACGGUGCUGGUCCAGAGCUCGUCCACCUCUACCUCCAUCGUUGUCAGUCUAGUGGCCUCCGGAUUGCUGGAGGUGAGGUCGGCUGUUCCAAUCAUCAUGGGAUCCAAUAUUGGGACUUCUGUCACAAACACCAUAGUGGCCAUGAUGCAGGCUGCAGAGAGGACCGAGUUUCAGCGUGCAUUUGCCGGGGCAACGGUCCACGACUGUUUCAACUGGCUGUCGGUGCUGGUUCUGCUGCCGCUGGAGUUGGCGAGCGGCGUCAUAGUCCGUUUGUCGCAGCUGUUGGUCAACAGCUUCAAGCUUCGGCCAGGGGAGGAAGCCCCCGAGAUGCUCAAGGUCAUCACCAAGCCAGUCACCAAGCUCAUCAUACAGCUAGACAACUGUGUGAUCACAGCGAUCGCCAUGGGGGAUGAGGACGCAAGGAACAGGAGCCUGGUGAAAGAAUGGUGCCAGACUGACCUUGUUAUGUGCACUGGCAAUGAGAGCACUGCAAACUGUGGCCCCAGUCAUAGCAUGUCCCAAUCUUCACCAAAGUGUCGGCAUUUGUUUGUCUCCAGCGGCCUGUCGGACCUCACGGUGGGCCUGAUUCUCCUGGCAGGCUCUCUGGCUGUCCUCUGUACCUGUCUGCUGCUUCUGGUCAAAGUGCUCAACUCUCUCUUGAAAGGCCAAGUGGCAAAGGUCAUCCACAAAGUGGUCAACACGGACCUGCCGUAUCCGUGUGGGUGGCUGUCGGGAUACAUGGCCAUGUUUGUGGGUGCCGGGGUGACGUUUGUGGUCCAGAGUAGCUCUGUUUUCACUUCAGCAAUGACUCCCCUAAUAGGUAUUGGUGUGAUCAGCCUGGAGCGGGCCUAUCCCCUCACCCUUGGGUCCAACAUGGGCACCACCGCCACAGCCCUGCUGGCCGCUCUGGCGAGUCCAGGGAACAAGCUGGCCGCCGCCAUGCAAAUUGCAUUUUGUCACCUCUUCUUCAAUGUCUUUGGCAUCCUGCUGUGGUACCCGCUUCCCGUCACGCGCCUGCCGAUAACGAUGGCUCGUGUCCUGGGCGAGCGCACCGCCAAGUACCGCUGGUUCGCCGUCCUGUACCUUCUGCUCUGCUUCUUGCUCCUGCCGUCGCUGGUGCUCGGCCUCUCGCUGGCGGGCUGGCGAGUGAUGGCUGCCGUCGGGGCUCCGUUCCUGGGAGUGACCACCUUCAUCGUCAUGGUAAACGUGAUGCAGGCCCACAGCCCUCGCCAUCUGCCCACCAAGCUCCGGAGCUGGGACUUCCUGCCCAAGUGGAUGCGCUCUCUGAAGCCGCUCGACCGGCUCAUCACCAAGGCAACCGCCUGCGGCUGCUCCGGACACCAGGAUGCCCGGGGAGAAGACGGAGGAGACGGGCGUAUGUCGACAAAAGAGAUCGUUCGGGAGUCCGCCCAGAAAAUGGAGCAGCUGGCUUAUGACAACCCAGCUGUGGAGUACCUGGAUGAGAGCAGACCAGGUGUGAGGGUGCUGAGGCUGAAGGGGUUGGAGCGAUGUAACAGCACUCCACUUGCACACUGAAGGAGCUUGAUGGCGGACGUGAGAGAUGAAGAGGUUGCAGUGUUGGACGAUGAGGCGCUUUCAGAGGCAAAGUCACUUUGAAGUGCAGGUUGAAAGACUGUAGUACUUAUCGUUGAAGAUACCCUGAUGACUACAACUUCAAGCCUGCACAACCCCUUCCUGCUGCGAAGUGCAUGCGGUCCACCGAUGGGUGCACUCAUUUUCCUGGAGGCCGAAGACAAAUUCAAGCACAGGGACCCUUUAAUUACACCUGCAGCAUGAACUCCCGCCCCUCCGACUCAAUGAGACCGGAUCAGAGCAGAGAGUGCAAUGAACUUCUGUCAUUAUUAUUUCGUCAUUCUCCCAUAGCGCCGUACAUUAGUUUAAUGGCUGCAAUUAAUUCUACUACAGCCGCCACUGGAGCUCUUUGGGAUGAUGAUAUAUGCAAGCUGGAGAUCUUUGACAUGGGAAGUUUUUAGCCGAUGCUUUAAUUUCUGUUUCUCUAUGCCAAGUAGGCAGUCCUGCUUUUGUAAAUUGUAUUGUUUUGAAGAUAAAAAUGGUUUGAGUAUAAAUUCUUUUUUGAAACUGUUUAUUUUCUGUGUUCCUUUCUUCUUGUGACCCACCUGCACACAGUAAAGCCAGUCCAUUUCCUGUGUUUAGAGUGUGAGUAGUAUCCCAGGUCAUGGAGGUGUUAAUGGCCUGGCUACUAUGACAAAAUCCAUGAGAGAGUCCAAUAAAUUCACCGAAAAC